AUGGUCGCCAGCUCGAACGGCGACCCCUACACUCCCUUCCCUCACCUGACCGUUAUCGAGGACGGCGUCCAGUCGUCCGAGGAAGGUUCUGACCUUCACUCGCCCGUAUAUGAGCCCUCGUACGCUAGUCCCGACGGCCGGUAUCCCCUAGGCCCCUUCCACUACGACUCUGUCGCCACCCAACUUCUACCACCGCCCUCCGCCUUUGACGCUCGCUAUCCCGCGCCGGCAAUGGACCCGCAUUCCCGAGAUCACCAUAUCAUAGAAACCCUACAAGUCCCGAGCCCUACGACCAUUCACCAUCAUCUGUCGCCCCCGCACCUUCCUGCCGACCUCUCCCUUCACACUCAUUCCAUGCUCGAUAUGGCGAUCUCGUCACCCCGCCUUCAUUCUGGCCUUAUGAAUUCGUCCUCCGAAUAUUCCAUCCACCUCUCCCAGCACUCUCGCGUUCCUGAACACCAGCUUCGCCUCUCAGCUGAUCCGACCCAAUCUUUCCCUUCCCGACAGCCCACGACGGUACCGACCGCCGAGCCGAAGCCCCAGAUAUCCCUCUCUUCCGCUUCUGGUCCCGUGAGGGGAACCUCGUCGGGCAGCAACCCGAGCCCAACCCGCCCGCCCCGGCGGGAGGCUUCUACCGUGGUCAUCGCCUGCCGACAAUGCCGCGCGCGGAAGAUCCGUUGCGACUCCACCCGCCCGUUCUGCCAUAACUGCGUCCGGCGCAAUAACGAGUGCGAGUACGACGCCGUCCCGAAGCGACGCGGGCCUGACAAACGGCCCGGGACGCGGCAACGCUCCUGCAAGAAGCGCCCCUUGGACGCGGACCCGACGAACGGGUUCGCAAAGAAGAAGCGCAGGACGAGCUCAGAGGGUGAGAGCGACGCGCUCUCCUUCGACGCGAAAGUGAAGGAAAACGUAACAGGCGGUGCCAGGAGAGGCCAGUUCCCGUCGCGAGGUCCGCUGGAUGACACGAAUGCCAUCCACAUCCCGCCGUUGUAUAUCGAUACCUCGAUGUCUCCGCGCGAGACAGAUCCCGACGCAAUAUACCCAAAAGAUGAGCUCUCACCAUCCUUUCGUCGCUCUUCAGUGAUCAUGGACUACUCCGAUCCCGACAAAGCUUUUGCGCGCCCCGUGGAUGUGAACAUCUCUCCCCAUCUCGAUCAGGACAAGCUCGACUUUAUACCACUCUCUUCCCCAGUCGACGCCGCCUGGUGGGACGAACUUCUCGACCAGUACAAUCCGGAAUCACGAGACCAGUCUCUACAUGCCAUCGUUCAGGACCUGCAAUUUCUCUUCAAUCACAGCGGCUAUUGGCUCUCCUUCAUCAACGUCGAUCUCUUUUUCGAGGACCUGCAUAAUCCACAGUCUCGGGGCCGUAUGGAGCCAGUCGUCAUGUCCGGUCUCGCCAUGGCUAUUCUGAUGAAGUCGAGCGAGAUGGACUUGGGCGGCCGCGGCCGCGAACUCGCGCUCACCUUGCGCGAUCGCAGCCAAGCUUGCUUAGAGCUGGCCUGCCGCAAUCAAGCCCUGGACUACAGCAUGGCCGAAGCGGCCCUCAUCCUCGCACUCUUUGAGUCUUCAGCUCACCCGCUCUACUCUCCCGAAAGGGCCAAAGAGGCACUUCAGCUUAUGGAUCAAAUCAUACACGUUCUUUCCCUCCCCUCAAUGGACCGUGACGACCCCUCAGCCAGCAGUUUCCGGCCGCGCGAGGUGCCAAUGGUGGACCUGCCUGACCGCUACGAGACCCCUUCGCGCUGCCGUUGCCCGCCGCCGGCGACAGGCUUCCUGGUAGAUUCUGCUUCGCUGAACCUGAUGGAGAACGCGCGCUGGGACCAGAACGCGUCCGUGACCGAGAUCCGGAAGGAAGAGUGUCGGCGCCUUUGCUGGUGUGCGCUGACGCUCGUCUCGGCGUAUACGGCGCAGUGCUCCGCCUUCCACACGGAACCGGCCCCGCUGAACCUUGCGGAACCCUCGAAGUACGCGCUGCUCUUCCCUGGCGAAGCCUUCGAACGCGCUGCGGGCCAUCAGCAGACGUCUGGCCAGUCGCCGAAGGAGUCCGUCUGGGCGCUCUACUGCCGGAGCAUGCUCCUCUGGAACUCGUACUCCUGCAUCCAGCGGGACGAGGGCCUCUCCACCGACGAGCGCGCCCGGUUCGCGAUCGACGCUUUCCAGGAGGCCCAGGCCAUCCAGGACGCCCUCGACAUGCACCUCUGCAACUCCAACACCGCGCUCAUCUACAUCGCGCGCGAGUACCUCUACAACACGCGGAUGACCAUUACGUAUGAGCUCCGUCGACUCCAGGACGGUGACAUGCCGCCCCUGCCCAUGUUCAACCGGCGCCAGGCGGAAGAGUGGCUGCUCUACCAGGAACAAGUGGCUAAACGCGCCCAGCUAGCGGUCACCAAACUGAACGAGCCCCAGGGCCAGCAGCUCUCGCGCCGACCGUUUCAGGUCACCUGGUUCGCGAGCCAAGUCGCGAUCUGUCUCGGGCUCUGGGAGUACAACCACUCGCUCACCCACGCGCUCGACCUCGCCAAGGCGUUCCUCGUCCCCCUCGAGGCGCUCAACCUGCUCUGGCCGUGUCCAGAGCAAGGCACACGCAAGGACGAGCUCCGCCGCAGGCUCGAGGCCGCCUGUAGCGAGGCGAUGCAACACCCGCCCCCUUCCGCAGAGGUCACGAUGCCGUCCGCGAUCCUGCGCCGCGGGCCCGCCUCUGCCAUGUAA